AUGUCCCUGCUGGUUGGACCGCUGUACUUUGCCUCCUACAGUGCUGCAAAAAGGCUGGCGACCAAUUGGUCAAAGCAGCCAUCGAAUCUGUCACCCACAGAGAAGCAAGCAAGCGUGAAGAAGGGUGGCCAUGGCAGUGCCAACAAUGGCCAGAGGGGGGUGCAAGGCUGGAUUGCCAUCAAUAUGUUUGCCAGCCUGGUGGCUGGGGUGGCCGUCUCUCUUGUGGAGUCGCCAUCAGAACUGUUCCGGCACCAAGUGCAGGCGGGAGUCGUCGAGCGGGGCAUGUUCCCGACGAUGCUGGCGGCGACGCGCAGGGGCGGCCUCCGCUCGCUCUACUUCUGCUACCUCCCCUACCUCAUCAAGGCCCUGCCCCACGACGUCGCCGAGCUCAUGACCUACGGCCUGCUCACCGACGCGCGCAGCGUGGCGCACGCCCACCCCCGCCACCCCCUGGGGGCCAUCGCCGCCGUGCCCGAUCGCGUCGGGGACCUCUUCGUGGGCGCCGCGGCGGGAAUCAUGGCCGUUCUGGUGUCGAUGCCCGCGGACACGAUCAGCACGCGCAUGCAGACCGUGGAGCGCGCCGGGCUGAGGGAGAAGGGGCCGCUGGGGAUGGCCGUGAGCUUCUUCGCCACGGGGCGCAGGCUGGCGGCGCGCGGUGGCGUGGGAGCGCUGUACAAAGGCUGCGCGCCGCGCCUGCUGCGGCACGUCCCGGCGUCGAUGGUGUUCUGGCCCGUGCUGGUGGGGUGCCAGCGGGAGCUGCACAGGGCACUGGGGUACACUGAAGGGUGA